UGUCAUUGUGGCCGUUUGCACUUAAUAAUCGUGCGCGUUUUUUACAAUUGUUAGUGGUGUAAUUUAAGUUGUGAACGUGUUCGUCAUAUCAGAAUUAUAAAAUACGGAUAAUUGUGAAGGAAAGGCCCAACCUCAUCGAUUUUGUUAAAAUUUGAAACCCCAUGCAAGAUAGAUGGAUGUCCAAUGGAGGUUUAAGAAGCGGACAUGUGGAUGUUUAAUGGAGGUCUUAUAGACGUUACGUCCAUUGGAAGUUUUGAAUCUCCAUUAUGGGUGUCCACUGGACGUUCAUUGGACGUUUUUGUUCCGUAGAAAUACAAAGAAUAAUUUACAAAAAAUUUACAAAUAAGUACAAAGGAUAUAUACAAAGAAAAUAAUGGCUCUAACAUGGAAUGAAAAGUACAAGCUCAUUACCAGAAAUUUGGCAGAAUGGCUGGGAGAUGAAAAACUUAAGAGUAUCCUAAAACAGCGUAAUCUAAAACUUUAUUGGGGUACAGCUACAACUGGGAAACCGCAUAUUGGCUAUUUUGCACCCAUGUCUAAAAUAGCUGAUUUCUUGCGAGGAGGAGCGGAAGUAACAAUUCUCUUUGCUGACCUCCAUGCAUAUUUGGACAACAUGAAAGCACCAUGGGAGCUAUUAGAACUUCGUACUCAAUAUUAUGAAGUUGUAAUUAAAGCAAUGCUAAAAUCUAUUGAUGUUUCACUAGACAAUUUAAAAUUUGUCAAAGGAACAGACUAUCAAUUAACUAAGGAAUACACAUUAGAUAUAUAUCGCCUAAGCUCGAUAGUGACAGAGCACGACGCGAAGAAAGCAGGAGCUGAAGUUGUCAAACAAGUUGUAAAUCCUUUGCUUUCCGGCCUUCUUUAUCCAGGAUUACAGGCCCUCGAUGAGCAACAUUUACAGAUAGACGCUCAAUUUGGUGGUGUUGAUCAACGAAAAAUCUUUACUUUUGCGGAGAAAUACCUGCCCAUGUUGGGAUACGACAAACGUAUUCAUCUAAUGAAUCCAAUGAUUCCAGGCUUAGCAGGAGCAAAAAUGUCCUCAUCUGAGGAAGACUCGAAGAUUGAUUUGUUGGACAAUGCUGCAGCAGUAAAAAAAAAAUUAAAAAAGGCAUUUUGCGAGCCAGGAAAUAUCACGGAUAACGGUGUAUUAGCGUUCUCAAAACAUGUUAUAUUUCCACUGUUAAAAAAUGACGAAGUUUUUAUUGUACCAAGAACUGCAGAAUUCGGUGGUGAAGUGUUCUUUACGAAAUAUGAAGACUUGGAGAUUGCUUUUGCGAAGCAGGACAUACACCCUGGUGACUUGAAAAACGCUGUAGAGAUAUACAUUAAUAAACUUCUGGAUCCAAUCCGCAAGGAAUUUGAGACAAAUUCGAAAUUGAAGACCCUGGCAAAUAAAGCUUAUCCUCCACUACAAAAGCAAAAAACUACAGAAAUGGAAAUUACUCCUAUAAGACUAGAUAUUCGAGUGGGCAAAAUAAUCGAAGUGAAAAAGCAUCCCGAUGCGAACUCACUUUAUGUAGAGAAGAUAGAUUUGGGAGAAUCGAGUGGUCCACGUACUAUAGUCAGCGGCUUAGUUAAUUAUGUACCUUUGAAUGAGAUGGAGAAUAGAAUGGUAGUGGUUCUUGCUAAUCUAAAGCCAGCAAAUUUAAGAGGAAUCUCAUCACAUGGUAUGGUUCUUUGCGCUUCAAUUGAUGAACCAAUCAAGCAAGUAGAGCCUUUAAGACCUCCACAAGAUAGCGUACCUGGUGAUAAAAUUAUUAUCGAGGGAUAUGAAGAUGGGAUUGCAGACGAUGUGCUCAAUCCAAAAAAGAAAGUAUGGGAAAAACUACAAGUUGAUCUAGCAAUGAAUGGAGACGGUGUAGCUUGUUGGAACGGAAAUCUAUUAAUGACUGCAAUGGGCGGCAAGAUAACAAGUGACACUCUAAAAAAUGUUCCGAUCAAAUAAUAUAUUAUAAAUACACAUAGGACUAGCUUCCUUGAUUAUUUCAAUCUGUAACACUGUUGUUUAUAUUUUUAUGAACCAUAUAUUUCUUUUCUAUACUAUACGUAUAUAAAUAUAACGAUUGCGUACAAUUACAUAAAUUUAAUCAAAGCUAGUAAAUGUAUAAAUAAAUAACUGAAUAAAUUUAGUUGCUAUUA